ACCACCCACAAUCCCUCACGGUUGAUGGGGAAAAUCCUGCCUCUGCGCAUGCUCGUCAGGGUUGUUGUCCGCGGUGGUUAUGGAGAUGAGACAGAGAGGCCAGCUGUCAGCUUUACCGUGGUGUUGGUGUUAAGAUAGCAAUGAAAUACUCAAAAGGAAACUUGGUUUUAGUUUCAACUGUUUACCAACAAAAGGACAGUUGGUGUAACAGAAGAGGACACAAGGGACAGGGCAAGAUGGAGGCAGAUGAUCCACUGUGGCUGAAGGGAAAGAAGAAGGAGAUUAUUAACUAAUCUGCCAGUACUGACCACCAGCCACUUAAUUAGUGUUCAUCAGAGGGAUGCCCAGAAAGAUAGGAUUCAUUGUGGCCAACUCUUCAAGUCAUGAGGACAAAUUUGUUGCCAAAGAGCUCAUGGUCCAUGCACCCACAGCCAAUGGGUGGAGAUCCAGCAGGCUGUGCUCUUACCCUCAACACAUCACUCUCCAGCUGGUGGAGAGAAGUCGGGUGAGGAAGCUGCAGCUGCUGGCCCAUCAGUACCUGAUCCCAUCUAAGGUGGAGUUCCACAUUGGAGACACCAUCCCUGAAACCAGCUCUCCAGGGUUUCCAGGGCAGCUUCGCAGACUUGGGUAUGUGUCUCUGUCUGACAAUGAGAAGACGGGUUUCAAAGCUCGGGAACUGAAGUCUGUCCAUGUUGAUGCCAUCGGAACAUACCUGAGAAUAACAUUUCAUAAGAACCACAUCAAUGGUUACAAUCAUCACAAUCAGGUUGCUUUGGUUGCCAUUAAUGUUCUGGGAGAUUCUUUGGAUGGCAAUGCUUUUAACACAAUUCCAAGCAGAGAGCAGCUGAUCGAACACUACCUCAAUAGUACUCAGCUGGACACAGCCUUGGACACAACCUUCAUGGGCAAAUGUGAGUCCUUCUCCCCCUUUGAUGAUCUGGCCUUUGAAAUGUACCAGGACCCUGAAGUUGCUCACAUCAUUCGCCUCAUGGAUCAAAAGAAGCAGGAAAUGGUCCAGCAAGAGAAAUACGAGCUGGCCAAGAAUCUGAAGCAGGCCAUCGCUGACCUGCAAAAGGUGGGGGAGCGUUUGGCACGAUAUGAUGUGGAGAAGCGAUGUGCCAUAGAAAAAGAGGACUAUGAUCUGGCCAAGAAGAAGAAAGAGCUGAUGGAGAACUACAGGAGGAGUGUGUAUAAGCAGCUGGAGGUCCACAACCUGUUGGACAUGACAACGGUCACAAGGGAAACAGAUCCAUCCCCACUGCAGGAUCCUCCCCCACUCCUGCCUUCUCCAGGUCACUGUUCAGCCCCCACCGAGCCCCCUGUGUCCACAGACUCAUUCAGAAAGGGGAAAAAAACAAACGCACCUCCGAAUCAACAGUCAGCCACUGAAACUAUUGUGGCCAAACCGAACAGCCAACCUGAAAACCCCUGCACCCCUGCUGCUCUACCCAAGAUAGAUUUAACCAUUGGGCCUUAUGACGAGAGGCCACUUCCCGCCCUUCAGAGGAAAGACAAUCAGGCGGAGGCUCUUCAGAGCCCACCAAAGCAGCAUGCCCCACAACUUUACACCAUGAGAAGCCUACCCAAUACUGAGAUUAACGGAGAGCCAGAACAACUGACAGAGAAAGCCCAGAGAGAGGCUGCACUUCCGAUAGAUGUCUAUGGAGAAAGCCUGGUGGCAGGGGUAUAUUCUAAAACCUGGUCCUACAGAGAGGAUGCACUUCUGGCUGUGUACAAGAAGCUUUCGGAUGUAUCCCCCACCACCCCCAAGGAAGAACUGAGAAACAUGAUGAGAUCUGCUGUCUUCUUGGUGAAGAAGGCCCUCUCGGAUAAAGUAUCAUCGGUUUUCCAGACAGCCUUGAAGCUGCUAAGGCUAAUGCUGGGCCAGCUGAUCCCAGUUCUGGGCUUGGGUCGGUCCGAGGUGAUCCACUGCUUUGAGCAAACAUGGCCCAACUUGCUGGCCAGAACUGGAGACUCAGCCAGCCGCCUCCGAGUUACGGCCACUGCCUUCAUAAAGGAAAUUGCUGUUUUGAAGGAGGUACGGGCCCUGCAACUAAUCCCUGGUGAGCUAGCGAAGCCCUUCAAAUCCAACUUCCCCUCCCGUCUGGCUCAAAGUCGGGCUGAGCUGCUCGAGAUGCUGCUCGCUGAACUGGGUGCUCACAACUCUGGCUUCACCCUGGACAAUGUCAUGAUGUUCUGUACAGCAGCGCUGGAGCACAGUGCAGCAGAGGUCCGAGAGCCGGCGGUGCGCAUUAUCUUGUCCAUGUACAAGCAGCACGGGAGUGCUGCUCUCAGCUACCUUCCGCCUAACGACUCGGCCACACGGAAGAACUUCCUCUACAAAACCCUCUUUGAUGGCUUUGCCAAGAUUGACGGAAAGCUGGUAGAGACUCAGACACAGACUUUGAAGAAGGGAGGUGGUCAGCAGCACCAGGGCCAAAAGGAGAAGGAGGAGAUCCACUCUCUUCAGGAGCAGCUGGCUGCCUUGAAAGAGAUCACAGAGAGAGACAGCGAAUGCACCAAAGGACAAAUGGCCAAGAAGGAUGCCCCUAAAGAUGGGACACAGUCCCAAAGAGCUGCCAAAGCAACUGUCAGUCAACUUCCCCAGAACACAGUAGCUGUCCAGCAGUCUGUCAGCUAUCAGGACAACUUGUGUAUAUUCUGUGGUAAAAAGGACGAGUCGUUCACAGAAGACGGACUGGACCUUCAUUACUGGAAGCACUGCCCCAUGCUGCGACACUGCGGUGAAUGUAGACAGAUCGUCGAGAUAGCCAGCCUCACAGAGCACCUACUGGGCGACUGUGAAAGCAGUUCAAAGUUCAGCGCGUGUCCACACUGUUCGGAGGCCGUGGCCACAGAGGGUCUGGCUCGACAUGUUCAGGGUCCUUCCUGCAGUCCUUCCAACUCCAGUAGUGGCUCCAACCACUGUCCUUUGUGUCACAACAACUUCGCUCCUGGAGAAGAGGCCUGGAAGGCUCACCUCAUGGGCAGGGACGGCUGUAAACAAAACUCACGCAGAACUGUGGUGUCCCAGAGAACUCAGCCUGCACAAGGCAGGGCUGUUGGUGCAGCUAAGCUGCAGCGGGGCUGGCCAGUUGGACUGAGAGGCAGAUCUACAGGCAGAGGCAGUCGAAUCCCAGCACUGGCACCUGUGAACAGAGGACAUAUUCCAGGGAAGAGGUGAUCCCUGAAGUAACUCCACCAAACUCCCUUCUCCCUCCUCCCCGUGUUCCUGCAUAUAGGCACUUUUUGCAAACACAUUAGAUUAUAACAUAUUCACUGACAUAUGCAAUAGGAUUUUUAAUUUUUUUGUUCAAAGCCAUCAAUAUGCUAUAUUAUGUUCCACAUCCCAGAAAGAGGAAUACACAUUAUUCUUAUCAGUGUCAUAGUGACGUAUUUAUAUACGUGUUUACACUGUCCUUUUUUCAAAUUGAAUUAAAUGUACCAUAGCGGGUCACACGGUGACGGUGGUUAGCACUCUCGCCUUGCAGCGAGAAGACACGGGUUCGAGCCCCGGUUG